AGUGUCCUGCGCGGGGAAGGCUUGUCGCCUUGGGAACCGUCAAAAGGCAGAUGCGCUUCGUUUGACAGUAGCGUGGCUGACCCCCUGACCUCGCUUCUCUGUCCCUACCUAACGUGUUUAUGACGAACCCUGCGGUCUUGCGGGUCAGGAGGUGAGAUAACUCUCCGAUAGUAAAAAAAGAAGACGUUUUACAUUUACACCAUGUAUAGCACAAAGGAAAAGAAUGACAAUGACAAAGAUGAUCUUCUGCUUAGAAUGGGACUUAAUGAUAAUAAAGCAGGAAUGGAAGGAUUAGAUAAAGAGAAAAUUAACAAAAUUAUAAUGGAGGCCACAAAGGGAUCCAAAUAUUAUGGAAAUGAACUCAAGAAGGAAAAACAAGUCAACCAACGAAUUAAAAAUAUGAUGCAACAAAAAGCUCAAAUUACCAGCCAGCAACUAAGGAAAGCACAAUUACAGGUUGACAGAUUUGCAAUGGAAUUAGAACAGGGCCGGGAUUUGAACAAUACCAUAGUGCAUGUUGACAUGGAUGCCUUCUAUGCAGCUGUAGAAAUGAGGGACAAUCCAGAAUUAAAGGAUAAACCCAUUGCUGUAGGAUCAAUGAGUAUGUUGUCUACUUCAAAUUACAUUGCAAGGAGGUUUGGUGUUCGUGCAGCCAUGCCAGGAUUUAUUGCUAAGAGACUCUGCCCACAACUUAUCAUAGUGCCCCCAAACUUUGACAAAUACAGAGCUGUGAGUAAAGAAGUUAAGGAAAUACUUGCUGAUUAUGAUCCCAAUUUUAUGGCCAUGAGUCUUGAUGAAGCUUACUUGAAUAUAACCAAGCACUUACAAGAAAGACAAAAUUGGCCUGAGGACAAAAGAAAAUAUUUCGUCAAAACUGAAAAUGCCAUAGAAAAUGAUCAACCAGAAAAGGAAGUGGAUAAACUGAGUGAGCAUGAACGGCCCAUCUCUCCACUGCUUUUCGAAGAUAGUCCUCCUGAUUUGCAAACCCCAUCGAACUUUGAAGAACAAAACAAUCCUCAAAUACUACAAAAUUCAGUUGUUUUUGGAACAUCAGCUGAGGAAGUGGUAAAGGAAAUUCGUUUCAGAAUCGAGCAAAAAACAACACUGACGGCUAGUGCAGGAAUUGCUCCCAAUACAAUGUUGGCAAAAGUUUGCAGUGACAAGAAUAAGCCAAAUGGACAAUACCAAAUUCUCCCCAACAGACAAGCUGUGAUGGGCUUCAUCAAAGACUUACCAAUUAGGAAGGUUUCUGGAAUAGGAAAAGUUACAGAGAAAAUGUUAAAGGCCCUUGGAAUUAUUACUUGUACAGAACUCUACCAACAGAGGGCAUUACUUUCUCUCCUUUUCUCUGAAACAUCUUGGCAUUAUUUCCUUCACAUCUCUCUGGGUCUAGGUUCAACACAUCUGGCAAGGGAUGGAGAAAGGAAAAGCAUGAGCGUUGAGAGGACCUUCAGUGAAAUAAGUAAAGCAGAAGAACAGUACAGCUUGUGCCAAGAACUUUGCAGUGAACUCGCUCAAGAUCUCCAGAAAGAAAAGCUUAAGGGUAGAACUGUUACCAUUAAACUGAAGAAUGUGAAUUUUGAAGUAAAAACUCGUGCAUCUACAGUUUCAUCUGUUGUUUCUACUGCGGAAGAAAUAUUUACCAUCGCUAAGGAGUUGCUAAGGACAGAAAUUGAUGCGGAUUUUCCACGUCCCUUGAGAUUAAGACUUAUGGGUGUUCGAAUAUCUGGUUUUCCCAAUGAAGAAGACAAGAAACACCAACAAAGGAGCAUCAUUGGCUUCUUACAGGCUGGAAACCAAGCCCUGUCAGUCACUGGGUGUAUGCUAGAGAAAACAGACAAAGAUCAGUUUGUAAAACCUCUAGAAACAUCUCAUAAGAAGAGUUUCUUUGAUAAAAAACUAUCAGAAAGGAAAUGGAGCCACCAGGACACAUCUAAAUGUGAAACUAUAGUUAAAGAAAGUUUACAGAUAUCACAACCAUUCCAAGUUUUAAAGAAGACAAGUGAGAAUUUAGAAACAUCAGAUAAUUCAGAUAACUUCCAGAUAUUUACCUGUCCUGUUUGCUUUAGGGAACAAAGAAGUAUCAGUCUGGAAGCCUUUAAUAAACAUGUAGAUGUGUGUCUUGAUGGACCUUCAAUUAGGGAGAACUCGAAAAUGAAUUCUUCAAAUGCUUCCUCUACUGAAGUUAACCUGAAAGAAAUCACAAACCAUUCUUUUUUACUUUGUGAAAAGCAAUAUUAUGAAACUCAUCAGAAAAAUGUAGAAAUCACUUCAGUAGAUUGUGUAAAUUUGGUAGAAACUAGAAAUAAUUCAUCUAAAGCAGGAAGUAUAGACACUGAGCACAGCAAGGAGGAAUGUUCUAGUCUUCCAAGCAAGUCUUGUCUUGUUUCAUUAGAAAAUCAAGAUGCUGAGUUACUAAGUAGACAUGAACCACUCCAACCUUGUGUGUAUCAAGUGACAGCAGGCCAAGCGCUAGUUUGUCCAGUAUGUAAUCUAGAACAAAAAACUUCAGAUCUUAUGCUGUUCAAUGUGCACGUGGAUGUUUGCUUAAAUAAAGGUAUUAUCCACGAACUGAAGAAUGAUAAAGCUUAUCCUCUUAACCAACCCAAAGAUAGCUCCAGAAGUACUGGUAGCUCAAGCAGAGUACAGAAGACCAGAACAAAAAGGGUGGGACUAACCGCAAAGUACUCAGCAUCAAAGAAAAUAAAACCGAACAAUCCCAGAUACACUCUUGAUAUAUUUUUUAAAUGAACAUUGAAUAUUUUAUCAUC